GUGUGUGAGAGAGAGAGAGAGAAAGAAAAUGAGUGGGCAGCAACAAGAGCAGAGGAGGAACUCAAAAAUCUGUUGUCUCUCUUUCUCAGUCUGAGUGAGUUGAUAUGAGGGCACUAUCCCGGCUCAUGACACAUGUGUGAGAGCAAGAGAUCUCUAGUGUGCUUGGACUACAACAAGGCUAUAUAUUAACGCAAGGGAGACAGCACAUCUUGUUACGUGUUUGAAGGUUUCUGUGAAGGCCAAUGUGAGAGGUGCCGAGAAUAAGUGUUGGCAGAGUUCCAUCCAGUCAGAGCUACAAUGUCAUCCUACAAUGUCAAACUGAGAAGAGUUGGAAGCGCUGAUUAUGACACACAGCUUAAAGAGGUUCGCAAUAAUCUCUCCGAGCAGCUCCGUGUGUUUGAUAGUCAUUUGGAGCAGAAAACCCAGGUACUGCAAGAUCUGAGUGAUUAUCUACGCAGACGUGGUGAGAUCGAGGGUGAAUAUGCACGCGCUCUGGACAAACUGGCUGACAGGUUUACGUCGAAGACCAAAAAGAAGGAGUCCAGCUGUGAGUCUGUGUUGAAGUGCUGGCAAGAGUUGUUGUCUCAGACACGUCAUGAGAGUAAGGAUCACAUCACACUGAGUGAGAGCUGUGGCACUACUUUACCCCAGCAGCUGUCUCGCUGUCUGGAGCUUAUCCAGCGUCUGGCUAAGAAAAGUAAAGAUAUUAGCACCCAGUUGCAGGAUGGACUGCUGAAGGUCACAGCUGAGCUACAGACCACGCUGAAGACAUAUUCACUGUAUCACACCGAGUACUUGUCAGCUGAGAGCAAGCUAAAAGAAGCCACCAAGCAGGAAGAGAAACAGAAACUGAGUGCGGCCAAAAAAAUAGAAAAACUCCUUGAAAAAAGGCAGUGUAAAGUACAGGAGACUCAGCUGAAGUGCACCAAAGCGCGCAAUGACUAUCUGCUCAACUUGGUAGUGGCAAAUGCUUCCAUCCACAAUUAUUACCUACAUGAUCUCUCUGCCCUGAUUGAUUUCAGUGAUUUAGGUUUCCAUCAGUCCCUGUCCCAAGUGUUCCAGUUUUACCUGUCCAGCCGCUCACAGGUCAACCAGAACCUGAGUUCUGGAUUGCAGCAGUUUGGCGACGCAGUGUCCAGUCUGGAUCAGAACCAGGACAGAGACGCACUGAUGCAGGCUCAUGAUGUGGCUUUCUGUAAGCCACUUCAAUUUCAGUACCAGCCUCAUGAGGGAGACCAGGUGUGUGAGGUGAGCGCUGAUUUUGAGGUGAAGAGUGAGCUUGAUACUCGAUUCCACCAGCUGCAGACCAGACUCAACCAGCUUACUGAAGACGAUGAAGAGUUGAGUAAAACGCUGCAGUUCUCUCAAUCUGCCCUGCUUGAGUCUAUCAGCGAGGAUAUCUUCAGGCCUGAAUACAGCACCAGCCAAUCUCUAGAGAACAUUAGUGAAAUUUCUACCAAUAAGUUAAAUCAAGCAAGACGUCGAUCCCAUUUGCAAGAAUCAGAAAACAUGUACUCUAUGAAAUUUAAGGACCAUCUGAUUAAUGGCUUAGUAAUGUCAAAACUACAGGCAAAGCAUGAUGUACUCAAAGUUGCAACAGAAAAAGCUGAGACUGUGGAUGGUCAGCAUCACAAAAUGCGUUCCAGGAGGUCUGUCCGUCAGAGGAAGAAUCAGCAUACCACUCAGAUCAGCCAGAAGCCUUUCUCUCAAGAUAUGCUCUCUUACAUCCAGGCAUCUGGAGAACCUGUUCCUUUGGUGGUAGAGAGCUGCAUCAGAUUCAUCAACCUUCAUGGCCUGCACCAUGAGGGCAUCUUUCGAGUCCCAGGCUCUCAGCUGCAGGUCAAUCGGCUCAGAGACCUGUUUGAGAAAGGAGAUGACCCCCUGGCAGAUGAGGUUUGUGACUUGGACUCAGUGGCUGGUGUGCUGAAGCUCUAUUUCAGAGGAAUGGAAAACCCUCUGUUUCCUAAAGACAGCUACGACCAGCUGAUGGAAUGUGGACGAAUAGAAGAUGAAUCAGAGAAAGUAGCACAGUUAAAGUCAGUUAUUCUUUCCUACCCUUCUCCGCUAGUUGUGGUGAUGAGAUAUCUGUUUGCAUUCCUUCAACAUGUCUCCCAGUACAGUGAUGAAAAUAUGAUGCAGCCCUACAACCUGGCUGUGUGUUUCGGACCCAGUCUGAUCAGAGGGCCUGAUGUUGCAGAUGCUUUUACUCUCCAGUACAUCAAUGCUCUUGUCAAAACAAUCAUCAUCCAGCAGGAGAGCAUCUUCCCCAGCCAGAAUGAAUUAGAGGGACCUGUGUAUGAAACCUGCAUGGUGCUAGAUGAUAUUGAGACUAUUACAGAGGAGUCAGAAGUGGAACCAGACAUGUCUCCAAACAAAGAAGUCAAAGAUGAGCUGGAAGGAGUGGCCUUGUUCGAUUACACGGCACGUUCCCCAGCUGAGCUGUCCUUCAAACAGGGUGGGCGUCUCCGCCUUUACAGCAGAGCCUCUUCUGAUUGGUGGACAGGAGAAAUAGACGGUUCUCAGGGGCUUAUCCCAGAUAAAUACAUCAGUGUGCCAAGUAAGGAGGGAGGGCAGGAGUACAACGAAAGAUGCAACAGUAGAAGCCAGGCAGAGGAGCAGCCAGCUGGGACGAUGCAAACACGGAUGAAAGUGUUCAGUGACAAGUCCGGACUCAGCUCCAGCCAAGCUCUUGCUGGGAAAAUCUCUUUGCAAUUACCUCCAGUGCAACUGUCAAACACUUCUCCGAGGACUUUGCGAAAACCAGACCCCCAGAUAAGAAGGACUACAGCAGAUGGGGAAAAAGAGGAAGGUAAAAUACUGGUGGACAAGGAAGUGUGUCAUCAAAUGAACUCCGUCUUCAAGGAACUUCUUGUUCGCCAGCAACAGCAGGAUCAAGUCUCUUCAUCUUCUGUCCCACCUUCCUCCACCCUCUCCUAUUCCUCGGCGUCCCCACAAACCUUUAACAAGAGAGGAAUGACACCACAGAAAGGAAAAGGCCAUUUUAAACCAGCUGAGCAGAUGAACUGAGAAAUGAGGCCAAUUGAAAUGAAUCCUGCCACAUAUUGAGACUGAAGAGAAGAGACGUGCACAAGAGGCCUGUUACUAAACACAAAAAUAGAGAACUUCAGUAUGUGUUCCUGUAAUGACAGGGUAAUCUGUGGUUCUGAUUAGUUCCCCAUGCUAUUUAUUUGUUAAAUCUUUCAUAAAUGCAGUGGAGAAGUUUUCCUGGACCAUCCUAUGAGCAAAUUGCACGACUGUAACACUGCUGUAACUUCCUUAUUUAUGAUCAUCUUCAUCAAAUCUUCAGUGACCUAAUUCAGUUCAGUCAUUCAGCUUCAACAGUAAUUUAUGUUCUUUGGCUAUUUAUUCUCCAAAUUGUGCAUAAUCGUCUAAGGAUAUUUGGUGUUUUGCAAUAAAAUGUGACAAUAUACAGCAUAUCAACCUACGUAUGAGCGCCUUCUCUCGGUAUAAGGUGUCCAGUUUAUUUAAACUUACUGCAUUUGUUAAUCCACUAAAUGAGAAUUGUUAAGCAAAACACUUGCAUUAAACAUCACUUUCUCACACAAAAUAUUUCUAGCAUCAUUGACAAUUAUAAUUAUUUACAAUUAAUUUUGUGAACUGAUUAAAACAAAUACAAUGUUGCUGUAGAUUAGAACUAAAGAAUAUCGUAAUUUUAUUAAUUGUUCGGUGGUCAGAUUACUGUGCAAAAUAAAGUGGUUGAUUUGGUGUAAUUAAUAUUACCAAACCAAACCAACCCCCCAAAAAGCCUUAGUAAUAUAAAAACUUCAUUUAAGUGUUUGUAAUGUAUAUUUGCUGAGUAUAGUAUUUGACCAAAUAUGAAAACAUGUAGUUCACAGAGAUCAGUUUGUUUUGGUUUCACUUUGAAUAAAAAAGUUGCACAAUU